AGACUCCUGAUAUUCACAUCCUAGACUACUUUGGAGAACCUGAUCCUGAGACUCCAGCACUAUGUCUUACCAACAGCAGCAGUGCAAGCAGCCCUGCCAGCCUCCUCCUGUGUGCCCACCUCCAAAGUGCCCAGAGCCUUGUCCUCCUCCAAAGUGUCCAGAACCAUGUCCUCCACCAAAGUGCCCUGAGCCUUGUCCUGUGCCAUGUCCCCCUCCCUCAUACCAGCAGAAAUGCCCUCCUGUGCAACCUCAUCCACCCUGCCAGCAGAAGUGUCCACCCAAGAGCAAGUGAGGACUUCAGCUUUCGUGAGGACAAGGAGAA